AUGUCUGAUACAUCACGGACCCUACAUCUGGAUGCUACCGAUGCUCGAGAGGACAUCCUGCUCGGCCAAGAUGCCGAAACCCUAAAGCUGCUGAUCUCCACGGCGAUCGCAGCCCAAAACAAGCGGGAGCGAGCCUCAGACCAGGAGAACAUUCGGUAUCGGCGGACAGACCCGAAAAAGACCGAGAAAGAGGAAAAGGAAGAGGUAAAGAAUUAG